AUAUUUUCGGCUGUUCUUGUGCAGAACACAUUUUAUGCAGUGUUUUCCUGUGCAGUACAGAAUUCUUGGGAAAGCUGGCGGGCCUUUUAGAGUAACGUUAAAAAAAAACUCAUUGCAUUGCCGCAAUAUAAUUUAUUGGCGCACUGUAAAACUACCAGCAAAACUGGGACAGACCAUGCUGCCCGGUCUUCUGAACACGACUGCGUAAGAAGAGCUGUACAUGUGCGAGCUUCAUUUCCUGGACAUGAUAGAGCUGGAUUAAGAUUGUAGGCUGCGUAUUUGCCAAGGUCAGACUCGAUGGAAAAAAAAAGCCGUGAAGCUGAUUGGGAAUGAGUUGAGAUGAAGAGACCAGCUGCAACGUGUUUCUUUUCGUAUAGUCCGUCGCACAGAAACAAGUGGAUCUUUAUUUUUUUAUAAAUAUACAUCAUCGGUGAGUCGCUUCUCUCAAAUCUCUGCUGUGGUGGGGGAAGGGACUCAGAUGCAUUAGAACAUCGAAUGGUGAUCUUGACUGCUGCACCAACCCGUUCCUCUGUGGACUGGAUAAAAGGGUACACACUUGAAAGGUAAAAGGUCGUCGUUGGUCGCUCAAAGAAACCCCCAUGAUUCCUAUAUGCCCAGUUGUUUCUUUUACGUAUGUGCCUGGCCGGCUAGGCGAAGAUGCCAAAAUGGCUACCAGUAACUACUUUGGAUUUGCCCAUGGUGGUGCUGCGCAGUACAGCCAACAGCCGGCCACUGGCAUCGCAUACUCUCAUCCGACCACAGCUGGCAGCUACACAGUCCACCAGGCACCAGUAGCUGCUCAUGCUGUGACAGCAGCCUAUGCUCCUGCAGCUGCUGCUACAGCAGCCAGACCAAUUCCUGCUGCAGCUGCAGCAGCUGCUGCCACAGCAGCCUAUGGAGGAUACCAAGCCACACAUACCGCAGCAGACUAUGGAUAUACACAGCGGCAACAAGAAGCCCCUCCACCACCACCACCAGUCACCUCGCAAAAUUAUCAGGACACCUAUACAUACGUGCGCUCUACAGCACCAGCAAUAGCCUAUGACAGCAAACAAUAUUAUCAACAGCCUGGUGCUGCAGCUCAGCCACAACCAACUGCCGCAGAAGCCUACUAUCAAGCUGCUGCCAAGGCAGGAUAUAGUCAAGCUGCGACACAGUAUACACAAGCUCAACAGACUCGACAGGUGACAGCUAUCAAGCCAGCUACACCAAACCCAACUACUACCUUUACCGUUUAUCCUGUUUCCACAACUGUGCAGCCAGCAGCUGCAGCAGCUGCCACCGUGGUUCCGUCCUAUACUCAAAGUGGUACAUAUAGCUCAACUGCUGUGACGUACACUGGAGCGACAUAUGCUGGAUAUGAAGCUGCGGUGUAUUCUGCUGCAUCUUCCUAUUACCAACAGCAGCAGCAACAACAACAGCAACAACAGAAACAAGCUGCAGCUUGGGCUGGGAGCACUUUCACUAAGAAAGUUCCUUUCCAGAAUAAGCAGAAACCAAAGCAGCCACCUAAGCAACCUCAGAUCCAUUACUGUGAUGUUUGUAAGAUCAGUUGUGCUGGGCCACAGACUUACAGGGAACAUUUGGAAGGACAAAAACAUAAGAAAAAGGAAGCUGCUCUGAAAACUACUAAUCAAAGCAGCAAUGCUGGAACAGCUCGAAGCAUUCAAAAUCAACUGCGUUGUGAACUCUGUGAUGUCUCUUGCACUGGAGCUGAUGCAUAUGCUGCUCAUAUUCGUGGAGCAAAGCAUCAGAAGGUGGUCAAGUUGCAUACUAAGCUUGGCAAGCCCAUUCCAUCAACAGAGCCUAGCAUGGUCAGCCAGACAACAACUACAACUACAGCUGGGACCUCUGUCAAGCCAGCUACUCCAAAUCCACCCACAGGAUCCAGCAGUGGAAUGGCUGCUGCAACUCCCACUGUUUCCACUGUUGUAAAGACUAAUCCGGUUGCUGCUGUAUCUGUCAAUAAUGUGGCUAAUAAGCUACUUGCUGCAAAAAAAGCACCAACCCCAAAGAUUACUUUCAUAGGUGGUAACAAGUUGCAGACUGCAGGAACUAUAAUUGAGGAAGCCAAAACACCUGAAGUUAAGUUGGCAACACCACCUGUUCAAGAGACCAAAUCAGAGGCAGUGGUGGAGCCAAUAACAGCACUUGCUGCAUUGCAGAGUGAUGUUCAGCCUGUUGGUCAUGAUUAUGUGGAAGAGGUUCGAAAUGAUGAAGGCAAAGUGAUUCGCUUCCAUUGUAAGUUAUGUGAGUGUAGUUUCAAUGACCCAAAUGCAAAGGAAAUGCAUUUGAAAGGAAGAAGACACAGGCUGCAGUAUAAGAAAAAAGUAAAUCCUGAAUUGCAAGUUGAAGUAAAGCCAAGCAUUAGAGCAAGAAAAAUUCAAGAAGAAAAAAUGAGAAAACAAAUGCAGAAAGAAGAAUAUUGGAGACGGAGGGAGGAAGAAGAGCGCUGGAGAAUGGAAAUGAGGCGCUAUGAAGAGGACAUUUACUGGAGGAGGAUGGAAGAAGAGCACCAUUACUGGGAUGACCGCCGCAGAAUGGCUGACGGAUAUCCACCAGGGCUACUUGGUGUUCGACCUGGAAUGAUGCAGCCCCAGGGGCCACUGCCUCCUAGGCGUCCAGACUCAUCAGAUGAUCGCUAUGUUAUGACAAAACACGCUGCUAUCUACCCAACUGAAGAGGAGCUGCAGGCUGUCCAGAAGAUCGUUUCACAUACUGAGCGUGCUCUUAAACUUGUGUCUGACUGCAUAACAGAGCAAGAUAAACCAAAGAACAAAGAGGAUGAUAAGAAAGAUAUAGCAAAAGAUAGAAGAGAUGAUAGCCAGAGAGCUUUGAAGGGUGUCAUGCGAGUUGGUGUACUUGCUAAAGGGUUGCUGUUACGUGGGGACAAAAACGUGAACCUUGUACUGCUCUGCGCCGAGAAACCGACUGGAGCACUGCUGAAUCGCAUUGCAGAUAACUUGCCAAAACAGCUUGCGGUCACUACUCCUGAGAAGUAUGAAGUGAAGUGCUGCAUUCCUGACUCAGCCAUAAUUAUUACAUCAAAUAUGGAACCAAAAAUGCAAGUCACCAUCACACUUACAUCACCGGUCAUUAGAGAGGAGAACAUGGGAAUUGGAGAUGUAACCUCGGUUAUGGUGAAAGACCCACCGGACGUCUUGGACAGGCAAAAAUGCCUUGACGCUCUGGCUGCUCUCCGCCACGCUAAGUGGUUCCAGGCUAGGGCCAAUGGUUUGCAGUCUUGUGUGAUUAUUAUUCGCAUCCUACGUGAUCUCUGCCAACGGGUACCAACCUGGGGAGUUUUGCCAAGCUGGGCCAUGGAGUUGCUGGUGGAAAAAGUAAUCAGUAGUGCUUCUGGACCACUUAGUCCGGGUGAUGCCAUGAGGAGAGUUUUUGAAUGUGUUUCAUCUGGAAUACUCUUACCAGGUGGUCCUGGCCUAUAUGACCCUUGUGAAAAGAACCCUAGUGAUACAUUGAAUUCAGUUACUGGACAGCAGCGGGAAGAUAUAACAGCUAGUGCACAGUUUGCUCUGAGAUUAGUAGCAUUCCGUCAGAUUCACAAAGUCUUGGGAAUGGAUCCAUUACCUCAGAUGAAUCCACGUUUCAGUGUUCGUAAUCGAAAGAGGAGGAGGGACAACAGUGAUGGGACGGAUGGACUGGAAGCAGAGGGAAAGAAGGAUAAAAAAGAUUUUGACAGUGGAGAAUUUUAAAUCAUUUUGCAGAAUGUCCAAGGUUGUUAAUACAAUAUUGACUAUCUAUGGACUUAAAAAAAAAAGGUCUGAUUUGUAAGUGUUUCAAUAUUAUUUUAAAUAUGUUAAAUGUAAAUAAGGUACUCACACUCUACACUCGAGUGGCAUGUUGUCUAAGCAUAUUUAAACAAACCAAUUGUUAAUGGUCCCAUUUGUGACACUUAUACAGAACUACUAAAUUACAUAAAUUUUCUUUCUAUUGUUUUACUAUUAGUGCUAAACCUGUUUUAUAAUUUGAAGAGAUGCUUAUGUAAAUUAGUUUUGCUUCCUUCAACAUUCAUCUGUUUAGAAUGAUAAAAGCAGGGUGGAGGGUCAUGUAGAUUCCACAAAUACAGGUGAAAGUAUUUCUAAGGACUUGCAAUGUAAUACUGGAACUUGAAUUCAACUAAACACAUGCUUUUUGCAGAACCUGUGACUUGUCUGUUAAGUAUAAAAGAUAAAUGUGAAUAAGAAUUUGAAUUUCUUCAGUUUAUCUAAAGUUCUUAGCUGUGCAUCAGCGAAAAAAAAGCAGUUCUAUGUUGGGCUUGCCAGCAGUUUUAAUGCAGUGCUUUUACAUUCAUUCCUAGUACAUCAGCUUGCAUGACUGAUCUAUACCCUUGGAAGUUUGUGUUGUAGAAAUGCUUUUUAUGAAGCUAACAGUUUUCAUGUUUUUCUUUUGUUUUGUUUUGUUUUCAAUGGAAAAGUUAUGUAGUUUGUUUUAUAUGGUUCAAAUAUGUAGUAAUAAGCUUGUAUGCAAUUACCAUGUUGAACAUUUCUGUUGUAAUUGAGGUUGGAUUGUACCCCUUGUGUAUACUUUGUCAAUUCUUACUCAACAAUAAAACUUAAAGCAACACCAACAUUAUCCUCAAGUUUUUGUUGGAUUUUGCAUGAUCCGGCACUACUGCUACUAACUAUGUGAAAUGUUUUUGUGUAGUGGUGUUUUUUGGCGGGGGCGGGGUGGGGGAGAGGAGUCCAGAGGUUAUCACAAAAAUUAGACAUGUAUUAUAUGUUGUACUAUACAUUUUUCAGUGGAUCAUCCUUGGUUUAAAGAAGGGUGGGUGAUUGGGUCACACAAAUACAGCAGCCAAUCAGGGGUAACUAAUUAGAUGAGGCAGUGGUAACUAAUUAGAUGAGGCGGUGGUUAAACUACCAAACUAGUAACCCAAAGGUGUAUAUUUAGAAUCCAGAGACCAGAGUUCAAAUUCCACCAUUGCAAUAAUAACAUUUAAAUUCAAUUAAUAACUUGGAAUUUUAAAAAAGCAGCUGACCAUGGAACUAUUGGAUUAUCAUCCAACAUUAAUGUCAUCUUUACCCAGUGUCACCUGAUUGUUGUGGGUCUGGAGUCACAAUGCAAUUGAUUCUUAAAUGUUGUCUGGAAUAGUCUAGUAAGCCACUCUGUUCAGAGCAAUUGGGGAUGGACAAUAAAUGCUGCUCACACCUCAAAACAUAACUAAUUAUGAGCAGUUACCAACACAAAACAAUAACAUAGCAGACAAAUAGUUCUCACUGUACAAAGAUUUAUAGUUUUUUCUCUCGCCAUGCAAACUGCUGUCAAAAAUCAAAAUAAGCACUGUAUUUGUGAUUUUUACUGCAUUACUAUCGAUGUUUAUUUUGGGAGAGAGUGCAGAGGGCAUUGACCAGAAUGUUAACUGAAUUGAAGGACUUCAGUUAUGGGGAGAAACUGAAUAGGCUGGAUUUGUUUUCCCUAGAGCAAAGGGCAUUGAGGGGUAACCAUUAGGUUAGAAUGAUGGUCAGGAUCUUUUCCCCAUAAUUGGGGUAUCAAACAAGACAGCUUAGUUUUAAGGUGAGGGAGGAGUUUUUGAGGGGAUCUGAGGAGGAAGUUUUUAAACAGUGUUUGAUAUCUGGAAUUUGCUGCUGGAGGUGGCGGAGUCAGAUACAAUUACAACAGUUAAGACAUUUGGACAGGCAAAGUAUAGAAGGAUACAGACCUAAUGUGGGCAAAUGGGAUUAAUGUAAAUAGGCAGAAAGAUCGGCGUGGACUUGGUGGUUAGAGUCUCUUUCUGUGCUGUACAACACUAUGAAAAGUUCAAAAUUGUGGCUCCAAUCAAACAUUAGAGCAACUUGAUCUGGCUUCUCUUGGCUCUUGUUAAUGUUAAUUUAUAAAUGAUUGUCAUUUCAUAAUUUCUAAUGUUCAAAUUGCUGAUUUUUGUUAUUUUGUGAACAUAGUACAUAUGUAUACAUUGGCAGGAAUCAUUAAUUUCAUUAAAAUAUAUGCUGAACAACCUUGUAACAUUUGGCCA